AAGAAAAUGCACCCUUUGGUUAUGCAAGCUGAUAGGAACUUUAUCCAUUUCAGAAGGUGUUGCUUUCUUCAGGGUUUUGUGCAAAGUGUGGAAAUGCACGUGCACCACAGGUGGAAUUUUCUCUGGUUUUUACAGUGAUCAGUGCACGUUUCAAGCCUCCUUCCCUCUAGAACCACUGUUUUCAUUUUCACGUGUUAAAGUGUCGGACGCUGAUUUAAAUCUCUGAGCCGUGGGAACCCGCAGCCGCCUUCCUUUCGAAUGUUCUCUACGUUUGUUGCAAAACUCAUUUCAGACACACAAAGCUGCACUAAUUACCACACGCCCGAGGAUGAAAAUUUCACCAAAAAGUCCACCCCAUCUGCAGGAUGUUUUAUGCAUGCCUCAGCAGUUGACUUGUCUAACCGGCACGUGCAGUAAGACAUCACAUGUAAACCAGGGCUUUCCUCACUUCCCUGUACCGACCAUAUCCUCCUCUGUCACUGCCUAUUUAAGUCCACAGCGGGCUAAUGUCAGAAACCGUCACGUUAAACCACCUUCCAGGGCUGAUUUGCUGAAUCGUGACUGGGAGCAUGUCCAGCGUGAGAUUUUUAGCGUAUCUGUGGCGGGUUUUUUUCUGCUGCUGCUGCGUCAGAGCCAUGCCUGCUAAGAUCCAACAAGAACCACUGAAUGACAGACCUGUGAUCGGUAUUUUAACUCAGCUAGUCUCUGACGACGUCAUGAGGCCGUUUGGGAGGACCUACAUACCUGACUCCUAUGUGACGUACCUAGAGUCAGGGGGAAGCAGGGUGAUGCCCAUCAGGCUGACUCUGACAACAGCUGAGUAUGAAAACAUCUUCUGGAAGAUAAAUGGCCUGCUUUUGAUUGGUGGAGCUGCUGAUUUGGAGACUUCAGACUUCGCCAGAGUGGCGAAGAUCUUUUACAAACUUGCGCUGGAGGCCAACGAUGCAGGAGAUUUCUUCCCCAUCUGGGGUACGUGCAUGGGCAUGCAGCUUCUAACAGUGCUGGUGGCUGGGCAAAAUCUGCUGACCAACACCACGGCUGAGAACGUCGCCCUGCCCCUAAACCUAACAGCAGAUGCCCUCACCAGCAGGAUGUUCCAGAACUUUCCUAAAAGGCUCUUAAAGGCCUUGGCAGAAGAACCUUUGACUGGAAAUUUUCACAACUAUGGACUGGAAGUGAAGACCUUCCAGGAAAACCAGAAGCUGCACGGCUUUUUCACACCGCUCUCCACAAACACAGCUGAAAACGGAGUCCACUUUGUGUCCACAUUAGAAGGUAAAAAGUAUCCCUUCUAUGGAGUGCAGUGGCACCCGGAGGUGAACCGUUUCCAGUGGGACAGAAAGCUCAGCUUUCCUCACUCCCCUCAUGCUGUUCAGGUAUCCUCUCUGCUGGCUGAGUUCUUCGUCAACGAAGGAAGGAGAAGUUUGCAUCACUUUGACAAUCCAGAGAAAGAGGCCUCGUCACUGAUCUACAUGCACAAACCCGUCUACACUGCAAACUUCACCUCAUAUGAGCAGGCUUAUUUCUUCUGAGGCCCUCCCACUGGCUUUACUGGGUCCUACACAACAGUGAACUGGUUUCAUUCAGCAGUCUGGGUCGAAACUGCUGCUGCAGAGUGCAUGCCUGUCAAGAACUCUGUUUUUGAAAAACUUUUAAUAAUUCUGUAAAGUAGGGGUUGCAUGAAUUAAUUUGUUUUAAAGUCGACAGUCAAGGAAUGAAAGUCGAGUCGACUUCGACUAGUUGUUGAUGACGUCAUUCACCUGAAGCGGGGGGGGGG